AUGGCGUCCCGGUGGCUGCUGCUGCUUCUUCUUGGAGUCGCCGGCGGUGGUGGAGGCGUUCUUCAAGUGCAUGGCCAGGUCGAUAGCUUAGGUUUCAUAAGCAUAGACUGCGGUCUCCUGGGGGAGACGGGCUACAUGGACAACACCACCAAGCUCUGGUACACCCCGGACGCCGGCUACACCGAUGCCGGCACCAACCGCAACAUCUCCCCCGAGUACCAGGCAGGUAAGAGCUGGCGUAAUGUCCGCAGCUUCCCUGAUGGCGCGCGGAACUGCUACACGCUUCGGUCCCUCGUGUUCGGGCUCAAGUAUCUCAUUCGGGCCAUGUUCAUGCAUGGCAACUACGACGGCCUCAAGAAGUGGCCCGUUUUUGACGUUCACAUCGGCGUGAACUACUAG